UUAGAUGCAUAUUAUUUCAGGCUGUGACACAAUCCUUUCCACUCUUGGAUGGUUUGACCUUUUUCUGCACAUCCUGUAUCCAAAGAAAAUUGUCCGGCGUCUAAAUUCAAACUUGGAUCUCUUGAGAUCUUGAACUGUUUUUAAAAGUGUUUCUCUGGGUUUUGUCUCGAUACCGAGAUUCAAAUUGGUCUCCAAACAAGCCACUACUGAGAACGCUCAUCAACAUGUUGGUGGAGGGGUUGCUUCUUGUCGCCACUCUUACCCUACUAUACUACUUAUACGAUUACGUCACAUCACCUGCCAAUCUUCCACCGGGACCUAUACCGCUGCCCAUCAUCAACAACCUUCUCAGCAUCACGGGCUCAGAUUCUCAUAUUGCCGCAGCAAAACUUGCCAAGACGUAUGGUGAUAUUUUCAUGCUGAAAAUCUUCAACGACAGAUUUGUGUUCGUUUCAUCUGGAGCUGGUGCAAGAGAGGUAUUGAUGGGGAAACGAAUGAACGACUUGGCGGGAAGGCCGCAGACGUUCACUUUCAAUUUGCUCUCACGAGGUGCAAAGGAUAUUGUAUUGGGUGAUUACUCGCGCCAUCUAGUUUGGAGAAGGAAAAUCGUGCACUUGGGCUUAAGGAUGUAUUUUCCAAAAUUGGAAGAAAACAUUGCAUGGGAAGUGUCUAAACUCGAAGGCAAGCUCAUGGAGGAUAUCGGGGCAGCAAUUCAUUCGAAGGACGUGUUUCUCUUGCUGAUAACAAAUAUCAUUUCCUCAUUUCUUCUAGGGAAAUCUUACGAACCCGAUGAUCCAGAUUUUCUCACAACUCUCGAGUUCAUCCGUAUCGGUUCACAAGUUCCUGUAUCCGGAUCCAUCUUGGAUAAGUUUCCAUUUCUUUAUCAUCUUCCCAUCAGUGAGUCUCGCUUUUACAAGAACGUAGUUGAGCCCCGUGACAGAUUGCUCGAUAAAUUCUUCUUAGAACACAAAAGCACCUUCUCCGAAGACUGCAUCAGAGAUUUGACCGACGCGUUCCUUAAAGCCAAGCUCGAAGUAGAGCGAGAAGACAAGAAAGCAAUAGGCGAAGUUACGGAUGACCACAUCACUAUGCUCAUGACCGAUGUUUAUGUCGGAGGCCUAGAGACAACAAGCACAACACUUUCUUGGCUCGCCGCCUACCUCAUUAACUACCCACUAGUCCAAACACGCCUUCAAACCGACAUUGAUGACGUCAUUGGCAGCCGCUGGCCAGUACUUGCCGACAAGCCUAAUUUGCCUUAUAUGGAAGCCACAAUCGCAGAGGUACUGAGGAUCGCCACUGUUUUGCCAAUGGGGGUACCCCACAAGGCUACGACUAAUAACGUCCCACUAAUGGGAUACAACAUUCCCAAGGAUACCAUCAUUGUGAUGAACUUGUGGGCCAUCCAUCACGACCCGAGGGAGUGGCCUAACCCGGACAAGUUUGACCCGGACAGAUUCAUCAAUGAAGAUGGCAAGUUUGAAGUUCCUGGUCAGCGUAGCUAUCUGCCCUUCUCGGCGGGACGGAGGGUAUGUGUGGGCGAGUCCCUGGCCAAGAUCGAGUUGUUCCUGGUCAUGACGCGUUUGUUGCAGCAGUUUACUCUAGAGACCCUUCCUGGACAAGGACCGCCGUCGGUUGGGGAGGCUUCUGGCAACAUCACUCGAGCUCCCAAGCCCUUCAAGUUCCGUGCAAUGCCGCGGAAAUGAAUUAUUCCAUGCUUAAAAUCUAAACGCCGUUUAUGAGUAACAACUGUCCAGUUGUGAAGGCUCGAACGUUUGCCAAAGCAUGUUUUUUGCUUAUCUGUUUUUUUUUUGUUUAGAUGGGUUUGCACAUGCCCCACCACACAAAUCUGUAUUCUUACCUUGUAUUCACAUAAAAAAUAGACAAUAUUGAGGUCAUGUAUAAUAAUUGAAAAGUGGCGAUCAGUCAUAACAUAAUUAGCCUCGAUUUUUGCUGGAUUUUUCCUAAAUUUUUUUUGCACAUCAUAAGACGAUACGGUACGGGUCGCGGUCGCCGUCUUUCGACGUCUUUCUUUGCUCUGGUCGCGCAUCAAAUUAGAGAGAAAGAAAGGACAAAAUUAUGUUCCUCUUUCUCUCAGUUCCCUGUGGCUACUUAUUAAAAGGGGUUGACCGCUUGAUGGAGGCAGCCAAACAAUGAUCUGGAACUAAGCGAGGUGGCCGCUGAAUGGACGCGUUUGCUUUACCGUUAAUGAAAGGGCAAACAGAGAUGGUGGCCACGACUUGACGAACUUUCUCACUUUCGUGAAAACUAACGAGUAAUUGCGUGCGUAUAACCUAACAUGUGCACAAGUCAGUGUACAUAUGAAUAUGUAAAACAUAAUUUGGAAUCACCAAAAUUCACCAAGGUCUCGACAAUUCUGUCUUCUCCUAAUGAAGGUUGUUACGCCGGUUUCCCUCAGCCUCAUUAUUCUAUAUUAUCUUAUCUGAUAGUUAUUUCAGUCAAUUGAUUGUUAUUCUAUCAUCGAUCGAUUCUUACUAUAGUUAUCCUCAAUUGUAAAAUUGUUCUGUUCCCUUAGAUCAACAUUCAUUUGUAAUUCUUGCAUCACCUUUUUUAGAGCUGUCAAACCAGUUAUCGCAGAAUUAUCAAUUAGUCAGUAUUAAUAGUGGUUUACUGUAAAACAUAUUGUACUUGUAAUAACGACAGCUUGCUGUGGAGGCUAUCGAGUAAGUUCUGUUGGCUUCGUGAAGACAAUCCCUAGUCAAGGAAGAGGUCUAGUAAGGAUUCCCUUCUAUCAGCCUCGCCUUCUGAGAAUCGUCUGAUCGUUACCUCCUAUAACGAGCUUGAAUACCUCCCUGCUCGCUAAGAAGAGCUUGUCCUUACAAUAAACGCUAAUACUGUGAACCAGCAA